GAGACACUCUAAGCAUACACUUUUUUUUUUCGACACUUCGAUCACGAUUCUAGCUCGGGAUCGAACGCCACUGCACAAGAUCUUUGCAUCAACAAAGACCCCCAGGACCUUCUGUAGCGCACUAAGGCAGGACAGCAUGUGUGCUUUAGAAAUUCUACCACAUGUACUCACCUACUGCCAUCGAACCUUGUGUGUGUUCCCCACGUACUUACCGGCAUCUAUCAUCUUUCUCGGUUACUUGACACAUUUUACAGGCACUAUGUUUCAACGUCAGACGUGCGCCAGCAGAAUACAACUGCAGGACAAACCAUACAAUCCAUACGGUGGAAGGCAACAUCACACGGAAAAGUUCAAAGUAGUUUGACAACGGUGCAUAGGGUGCAUACGGGGACUAAAGUGUAACGUACAGAAAAUCACAACGAGGGUAUUUGAAU